UAAACUUUUUAACUCCAGGCCCAUAUCAAAAAAUAACAUAUCUGUUUAAAAUUUUAAGAAAAUGCGUGGGAAAUAAAACACGAGAAAUGCGAUAAACAGCUGAUUUUGACAUUAGAAGGCCCAUAAAAGAUGCAUAAAAGGACAAAGAAAUAUUUUAGAAAACCAAAAUAAAUUCCAGCUCUUCAAUCAGCUAAUUCAAUCACGCAAAAAUCCAUGCUAUUACAGUCGGAUGCGAAUCGUGAAAUGUUUAAAACUCUCAUUAGCGGUUUCCACACAAAUAGUUUGCUGAAUGCGAUAAAAACCUUAAAAAUCAACCGUGAGCUGGUGCUGCAUUUAAACCAAUUCUCGAAAAGUAAGUGGCAGCACGCAAAGAUGGUACGCACAUGGGAGCAGGUUACGGGGACUGAAGUGGCACAGCCCACUGGAAACAGCAAAAUCUUUACUUUGUUGUCGUACAAUAUUCUUGCCCAAGACUUGUUAGUGGAACACCUGCACCUCUACAUCGACAUUGAGCCAUCAAAGUUACGUUGGGACCAUAGAUUGUCACGAUUAUCGGAUGAAAUUCAACACAUCAAACCUGAUAUUCUCUGUUUGCAAGAGAUGCAAUUCAACCAUUUGCAAUUGUUUGUUAAGCGUAUAAGUUUCAAAAGGGAGUUGGAAUAUGUGUUCAAAAAGAAAACUGGCCAUAGAACAGAUGGCUGUGCCAUUAUUUAUGAUAAAAGUAAAUUUCGGUUUCUGGCACAACAAUCUGUAGAAUAUUAUAUUCAUGGUCAUACAGUAUUGAAUCGCGAUAAUGUUGCUAUACUCGCCAAAUUCGCAGAUAAAAAACUGCCAGAAAAUAAAUUUGUGAUAGCCACAACACAUUUACUUUACAACCCAAAGAGACAAAACGUGCGCAUAGCACAAGUGGAAGUGCUGCUGGCGGCCAUUCAGAAAUUCUCCGUGGAAAAUGAAAACGGUAAAAGCACACUAUUACCGGUUAUAUUAACGGGAGAUUUUAAUUUUGAACCCGAAACAAGACCAUAUCGAUUGUUGUCUGAGCCCUUCCAACCUGCACAAAAUUGGAGAAUUUCUGGAGGAAAAGAAAGUAAUAAUAAUUUGCAAUUAGCACAAAUAGAUUUCGGUAAGAAUGCUGCGUCGACGUUUCAACAGAAUUGGAUAACUGUGGAUUACAUUCUGCAUUCAAUUGAUGAAAAUCGCAAAAAGUUUCAAAUACAAUCGGUAUACGCGCUACCGAAAAUUACGGACUGUAUGCGCACUGGCAAAAUUCCUAAUAAGUACUUGGGUUCGGAUCACUAUUCACUGGGCAUCAAAUUUUCAGUGGCAUAAUAUUGGACUUUGCUAUGUGAAGAAUUGAAUAAACUAUAUCGAGUUUGGAUUUUUAAGAUACAAAAAUUUGAACUCAUA